GCCUUGUCGGUGGUGUAUUGGCUGGCUUUUUGUUUGGCUGCAGUGGCGCGUAACGGCCGACAACGCCAACCCCCGAAAACCGGGAACUAAAUAUCUGGUCCUGGGACACAGGAUGCGCUCGAGUGCCCCUGCGCACCUGUUCGCCAACGACAAGUGCCACGGACAAUAAUAUUUCCCGGCUGUGUGAAAUUUUCGUGUAAUUUAUGCAAAGCGAACGGAGAACGAAGGCGGAAAACUCAACUGGUGUUUUCUGUGAAGGGAAAGCCCAUUGGUGGGAACUGGCGAUAGGAAAGGCUCCCAGUCGUAAACUGCCAUUAGCGUUAGCAUUAUCGUUGGCCCGCUUUCCGAUCAUGGCCCACUACCCGCGAUCAUGCUGAUUGUGGACAUGUUGACGCUGGCAUUGGCAAAUGAGCCGAUAUGCGGCGGCAGAAUGAGAUCAAGUGGCAAGAGUGGCUGCGGCAGCAGCACCAGCAGCAAUGGCCUCAAUGAGGAUAAUCAGACAGGAGCAGUGGUGGUGCUGGCCAAUGCGACCAGCGGUGGACUAGGCCAAAACUGUGGGCCACUUUCUGGCCACUUGGCAUGCGAGGCACGCGACUCACGCGACAAUGUUGCUGCCGUGCAGUGCGAGGUGCGUCAGCAAUGCCACUCAGCGAUAGACGGAGUGGAGGCGCCUGCGCGUGCUGAAUACACUGGCAACAACAAGGGCAGCACCACCAGCAGCAGCAACAAUAGCAGCAGCAGCAGCAACAGCAACAGCAACACUAGGGACAAUAGAAGCAACAACAGCAGCCACAACAACAGCAACAACACCAGCAAUACUAGCAGCAACAUUAGCAACUCUGGCGACAACACAGCAACGGAAGUGGCCACGAAAUGUGAGUACGCGCAACUCGAGCGUGAGAGGCAGAGCGUGAGCGCAGGCGCAUACCUGCAACCACCCAAUGUGACAGUCAGCAGCAGUAGCAACAACAGCACCAGUAACGGGAGCAACAGCAACAACAGCAACAACAACAACAAUAACGACAAGGGGAGCAGCGCCUGCUCAAUACCUACAAUUGGCAGUGAGCUUUUCAAAGCCAACCUUGUGGCAGCAGCAGCAGCAGCAGUCGUCGCAGCUGAGCAGCAGAGGCAGCAGCUACAACAUUCAACCAGCAGCAAUCAGUCAACGGAUUCUGGUCAAAAAUUGUGCAAAUUGAUAGAUUCCAGUGAAAAAUCAGUGGAAAUCAAUUGCCCCAGUCCUCGUGCAGCACGAAAGCAGUCAGAAAGUAGCGAGCCAAUUACGAAAACUGCGCAAAUCGAAGUCAAAACUGAAGCUGGCGACGACAUCAGCAACCACGACGAAAACGACGACGCGCGACGUACAGAAAAAAUUGUGCAAAAAGUCAGGCAAAGCGCGUUGUCUGCUCGCGGGUCAGAUAAUUUUUUUUACCCAAAUGAAAAUGUGCAAAGUGCUACGGCAGCAGCAGCAGCAACAUUAGAAACCCCAGCAAUAGCAACAGCAACAGCAGCAGCAGCAGCAGUAGCAACCUUAAGCUCGAAAAAGGAGCAGCAGGAGGAAGAGGAGGAGGCGGGGCAGGCGCCAUUGUCAUUGCCAUAUUACCAGCAGUACCCGUACCCAUACCCAUACCCAUACCCAUAUCCAUACCCGUACCCCUUCGAACCCCCCAGCAACUCAUCCUUGGCUGGCUGUGGUGUUGAUAAUGUCGCUGGCAUUGCUGCUGUCCGCCCACCACAAAGUUGGCCUUUUGUUGUUGCUGGCGGUUACGUGGAUUACGUGAAGAGCAUUGCAGAGCAAGUGCAACACGACCAGCGAACAGCAGCAACAUGCAAUGACAACGGCAACCAGUCACAGCCCAGCGACUUAAAUGCAACAUCCGAGGAGAAGCUCAUCGAUUGUGAAUCCUUGGUGGGCAAUCCACCAUCAGCAGCACCAGACACACCAGCAGCAGCAGCAGCAGCAGCAACACCAACUGCAGUAGCAACAAGCUGCAGCGAGCAGGAUCUCAUCGAUUUUGAGCACGAUUUGGGCGAGGAUUUUGUGGCCAGCCAGCGCUUGAAGCGACUCCAAUACAAUUUUCAGGGACGCGUGGCCAUUAGUAGUAACAUUGAUUGUGUAAAGGCAUCCUUGAGACCACAACAACAGCCCGAGCAGGAGCAGCAACAAACAAUAAGCAUAACAAAGAAACUACCCCCAGAAGAAGGCAGCCAACCUCAACCUCAACCUCAGUCCCAACCCCAAGUCCCCAGCCAAACCCACUCCACGCAGAGUAAAGAUAGUAAGACGAUUGCGGCAGUAACAGCGGACUCAAGUGCAGUUCAAUUAAACGUGGAUGGCAUUCGAGUCGAGCAAUUACCAAAUGAAAGCGAAACAACAGCCCCAGCGACCAGACAAACAGCUGAAAAUCGCCAGGAGCAACAUUUGCUGAAUACGCGUCGGGAGUUGCCAGUGCGCAGGAUCGAGGAGCCGGAGAGAGGCAGCAGCAGCGACCAAGUGGUAAUAGAAAUCGAAACGGAUUGCGAGGAUUGCGAGGACUGUGCGGACUGCGAGGAGCCGAAGAGCGCCUUUGUGCCAGCCCAAUUGUCCAGCGGCUUGAGGGCGGCGGAGGCCGGCGAUUUUGCGGCAUCGCUCAGCGAGUUCGAUGUCCAGCGGUUCGGCGAGUAUCUGAAGGCCGCCCGCCAACUGCAGUGGCGCCACAGCCAUCCGGAUAGCCAGCGGAGCCGGAAACAGCAGUACCAGUGCUACGACGAGCUGCUGGCCGAGUUUGUCAGCGAGCAACAGGACUACGGGCCAGCGAUUGAAGGCGAUAGCCAGGAGAGUGAUAACGAUAGCGACAGUGCCUGUCAGUGCCAUGAGUGCCUAGCCAGUCAGGAGCAGCAGACCACGUCCACUUUCGAUACAGCAGAUACAGCCAACCCGAGUCCAGUUCCGCAACCAGCACAUCCACCACAUCCAGCCCAUCUAGCCCAUCCAACCCACCUGACUAACGGCCACAAGAUGCGCGAGGUCAACGGUCAGCUGCGCGGUCUGCUCAAGAAGCCAAACCGACCGCCGCCGGCCCGCAAGAACCGCGUCGUCUUCGACGAGACGCGGAACGAGUUCUUCGAGGCCGACUACAUCAUCCUGAUCCGCGAGGACUGCGCCUACGACGAGGAGGACGAGGAGCCGUGCACCUGCGGCGAGCACGAGCUGGUGCGGCUCUGCUGCGAGGAGGGAUGCCAGUGCAACUACGCCGUCAAUCCCGCCGAGGCGGGCGAGGGCCGGACGCCACAGAGUCCCAAAUACCAGCCGCCCAUUGAGUUCGUGGACGAUGCGGCACUCAGUCCGCCCGAUGGCUACAAGGACAGCGGCCUGAAGAACACGCUCGGCGGCGCCUUGAGCGGCCACAUCUUCGGGGCGCAGCACCUGCAGCAGCUGCAGGUCAUUCAGCGCCUGCAACAACAGCGCGCCGCGAUGCUGGCCGCCCGCAACACCACCAGCGGUCAGAUACCGCCCCCGCCCCCGCCCGUCGGCAGUGCCCAGCAGCAGCAGCAACAACAACAGCAACAGCAGCAGCAGCAGCAACAGCAACAACAACAGCAACAACAGCAGCAACAGCAGCCACAGCCACACCAGCAACCUCAUCAUGAAGCACUGCAGCAGCAGCAAUCGGAGGAGGACCUGCAGGGCGUCUGCACCGAGUGUGCCGAGUGCGCCGAAUGUGCGGCCAAGCAGCUCCAGGAAGCAGAAUGCAGCUCCCCGCAGUGUCCGGAGGAGAUGACUCCGCUCGGGGUUCCCGCUGUGGCCAUUCUGCCACUGCACACCAGUUCCCCGGAGCGCCGCAUCACCCAGAAGGAGAUCAUCGCUGGCGAGGAGCGGCCCAAGUACGUGCUGCAGUCGCAGUACAAGCCAUCACCCACAGCAGUGGUCAAGGCUAGGAAGGAGUUGGGCAGUGGCAAGGCCAUUUCCGGAAAUGUCUCGAGCUCCGGCUCCAGUUCCGCCCCGGUCCCGGUCCAGGUCCCGGCUACGGCCAUCAGUAGCUCCUCGAAAAAUAAACGAUUUGUUGUUGAAACCAUUACCACUAUGACCACAGUGACCGAGCGCCGCAUCAUCCGGGAGGCGCACGAGGACGUGGCAACCGCCGGUCCCGCCCCCGCACCUGGUACCGCCCCACCCCCUGUUGGAGCAGUGGCCGCUGCGAGCGGAACGGAUAUGCUGCCGCCCGCCUUGCCGGCCAAGGCCAGCGCCACAGCAGCAGCCGCAGCAGCAGCAGCAGCCGCAACAGCAGCAGCAGCAGGAGCAGCAGCAGCGGUCCCCGGAUCGGAACAGCAGCAGUUCGAGGCACAGAAACCGCCACCCAUACCGCCCAAGGAGACCUCGCCCACGCAGAUCAGUGGAAUUCUCAAGGGCGGCAAGCUAUGGAAGCAGGACUCCAUCUCUCAGCAGUCGGAUGACCAGAACAACACCACUUCGGAGGACGAGAGCGGUGCCACGAAGCGUUCGGUGCGGUUCGUCACCGAGGAUCAGGCGAACGCCGGCACCGACAGCGACGCCCAGUCCUUGGCCGGCGACUUGGACGACAGCGAGAACCAGAUCAACGAGCUGAUCCCCAUCAAGAAGCACUCGACGCUCUUCAACAACGCCCUGCGCCCCAACUCGGCGGUGCGCCAGCUCUUCCCGAGCGUCUCGGCCCACCAGGCGCCCGUCCUCACCUCGGAGGCGCUCCGGGCCUUCGACGAGUCGAAGCGGGCCGGCUGCCUGGUCACCCACCUGCCGGGGAGCUGCGGCGACUCGGACACCCUGCGCCGCAGCAUGGAGCGCAACAUCCUGCGCCGGUCGCUGAUUAAGAAAAAGGCUGUAAAGUCGGACAUCUCGCUGGAGGAACGCAUCAAGCAGCUGACCUGCGACAUCGACGAGGAUCUGGCCGAGGAACUGCAGCGGGCUGUGGACGAGGACGCCGAAGCUGCCGCCGAACGUGCCGAUGAGCUGGCUCAGCGCAACAGUCCCGCCGGCGAGGAGAAUCCCAAUCCGGUGCCCGGCUCCGGUCCACCCCACAAGUUUGUCAACGGCGAAAAGAGCUUCUCUCCGAGCAGCUCGGUAUCGAGCUCCUCGAGCGGCUCGUCGGCCUAUAAGAAAAUCGCCGAUAUUUUCAACCGCGAUAAGAAGCAGGAGAAGAUCAUGGAGAUGGAGGAAAACCCCAUUGUCAUUAUUCCCCAGGAGUGCCGUUGUCCGGCAGCCCCCGACUUGGGCAUGGGCAUCCAGGUGCCGGUGGUGCACACGCAGAUCCACCGCACUCCGCCCCGCCAGACGGAGCCGAAGCGGCAGUUCCUCUCCUCCACCCUGGCCCCUCUCACCGCCUGUGUGGCCGGGAACAAGGACGACCUCUCCUCGUACUACACCCUGGCCGCUGCCGCCGCCGCCCAUCCGCACGCCCAUGGCCACGCCCACACGCACGCGCAUGCCGCCCACUAUGCAGCCGCCGCUGCUGCUGCUGAUUUCAAUAUGGGUCAGCUACUGGGAGCGGCAGCGGCGGCCGCCGCCUCUGGAGAUCCGGCUGCCCAGCAUGCCGCCGCCAUGGCGGCCCAGGGAUUGGCCCAGGGACUGGCCGCAGCCGGCGGAGGUGGGGGAGGGGGAGGGGGAAUGGGAGUCGGUGGCGAGGACGCACGCAAGGUGGCGCCGGACGUAAUUGCCGGAACACCGGGACAGGAGGUCGCCGGGCGGCAGGAGCAGGACGAACUGGCCGCCUUCGCCCAGGCGGACGCCAAGCGGACCGAGCAGCUCAAGAAGCGGUACACGGGAGCGGGCGCCGAGCCCAGCCAAUCGCAGGCCAGCAGCGACGACGACGAGCAGAACGACUACGGGUUCAACAAGCGGCCCUCGGUGCGCGGCAUCAAGCCCAAGUUCAGCUCGACCAACGAGAUCCUGGCCCAGAUGCAGGAGCAGCUGAGUGCGGCGAUACCCACGGUGGUCAAUAGUCAGCCGGUGCAGCAUGCGGUCAAGGGAUACGCCAUGCCCAAUACGCUCAAGCAGAACCCCUCGCCGCAGAACGUGCCGCAGAAUGUGCAACAGCAGCAGCAACAGCAGCAGCAACAGCAGCAACAGCAGCAGCAGCAACAGCAGCAACAGCAGCAGCAGGCACAGCAGCAACACCAGCAACAUCAGCAGCAGUUGCAGCAACAGAUGGCCGCUGCCCUGCAGAAAACCGAGCAGCGGACGUGGAGCUUCUACAGCGAGACCGGGGAACAGCAGCGCUUCCCCAUGGACGCGGCUGCCAUCCAGCAGACCUACUACCAGACCCUGCCCGCCGGCACCAUGUUCCGCCAGACGAUGAUCCAGCAGGGCGCCUCCGCUGCCGGCGGUGGCGACGAUGCCUCGCUCCUGUAUGCCGCCGCUGCCGCCGCCCAGAACUGUCAGAGUGUCACCGCCACGGCGACCGCCACCGCCACCGCCACCGCCACGGCCAUCGAGCAGAGCAAGCACAGCAGCUACAGCAGCCACUUCGCACGCAGCCCCACCCGGCGGCCCGAGUCGCCGCCCCCGCUGCGCAACUACCACCAGACCAUGGUCCUCAUCCCGUACAACGCGGAGACCUACUCCCAGUUCGCCACCAGCAGCAGCGGGGAUCCCAAGCUGGCGCACAUCCAGCGCCAGAACAUCCUCGAGUACCAGCAGGUUACCCAACAGACGAUUCGAGUGCCCAUUGGCUACGCCCUGCCCGGCAUGCAGUUGCACGUGGUCAGUGGGCGUGGCCACGCCGCCCACUACGCCCAGCACCAGCAGCAACACCAGCAGCAGCAGCAGCAACAGCAACAGCAGCAACAGCAGCAACAACAGCAGCAGCAGCGCCUCAUGCAGGGGCACUAUCAAUUUGGACCAGAGGGCGGGAUGCCCGGAUUCAGUGAGCGCGGAGUGCCCGAGGGAGCGGCCGCAGUCUCGCACAGCGAUUGCAAUGCCAUGGUAUCGCCGACAUCGGCGGCAGCAGCAGCAGCGGCAGUACAGCAGCAGCAGCAGCAGCAACAGCAACAGCAGCAGCAACAGGCCGCCGGGGGAGUAGGCAUGGGCGUAGGAGUGGGCGUGGGCGCCCAGGCACAGGGAUCCGUUUAUUAUGCGAUGAACGUAUGACCCGCGCUCGAAUAGUCGCUGCCAGCGGCGGUCAUUGUCGAGCGCCGCCAGUGUCAACUAGUCGAAAUGUCAGCGACUUCAGUGCAUUUGGGGAGCGGCGGCAUGGGCGGCAGAUGAGCGCCCGCCCCGCGAGAUUCCUCGAGUUCCCAUGAGUCCCAUCCGCUGAUUUGAGUUGCCCCUCAGUUGACCCUAGCGAGCGUUUUAGAAUCAGUUCGAUCUUCCGUUUAGCAAGUGUAUUUGUAACCGUAUCCGUAUCCUUUUCCGCAUCAGUAUCAGUAUCAGUACCAGUAUCAUUACCAUUAUCUUUAUCCGUAUCCGUAUCCGUAUCCGUGUUGUCUGUAUCCUUGUGUCGGUGUGCCACAAAUACUCGCAAUCGGGGGUGUUAUGGAAAUCUUUAAAGGUUUUAAAUCACUUGGAGAGUUAAAGUAAUAUAGAAAUACCAAUGGAUAAAUGCCAAGCACGGCGUUUUAUGUUUUAACACAUACUAUACUUUCAGACGCCCUUUUAAGUGGUUUCGAGCACUAGAGACUUUUGUGGCAUCCCCGAUUAUAAUGAAAUCGAAUAUAAUUAUAGCUUAAGCUGGUUGUAAACGGUGCAGGGGCAGCAUUAUCUCAUUCUUAAUGCUUUUGAUAUUACACGUGUGCAACAUGGGCACUCAGAUUGCCGCUGCACCGUUUACAACCAGCCUUACUAACAAUGCCACGUGUAUCACUCAAUGUUACGCAUUACUCCAGAAAGUACACUUUUAGUUGAGCCUUGCCUUCGAGGAUUUUAUUUCAUAGUUAUUUAUAUUUAGCCGAGUGUAGUGGAGGAGAGAUGAAAAUCUAAACCAAAAUACAACCAAAUCACAUGAAUUUAUUUCGAGCAUAUACAUGCUGGGUGCUAGUAAUGCAACAACAACAACAAACACAACAAAACCAAUAAAAAGUUAAUUAAGCUAUGCAAAUUAUAUUUAACAAAGUUAAACCUAAAGCAGAGAUAUGUAAUAAUAUUUUUUUUAAUUCCUUUUUUUUUGCUGUUAGCCAAGGAAAACGAGUUUUGCUCAAUGGAAAGUGCAUUUGAUUUUAAACGCAUCUAUAUAAACACAUACAUAAUUAUUAUAUCUAUAUAUGCGAAUGCUAAACUAAAUUAUACAUAAUUAAAUUAUAUUGAAUUGAAUUGAUAUUAUAAAGUAUUUCCAAUGUAGUGCAAUUUGUUGCUAACUCCAAAAGCUCUCUUAUUAAAGAGUAAUAUAUUUAAACAAAAAUAUAUAUAUUUUAUGAGUAUCAAAAUUAUAGGAAUAUUUUUAGAC